AUGGGCGAUUGCGCCGAACUUGCUAGCGGUCUCCGCAACCCGGUCAACAUUUACGCUCUAAGGGCCUUGAGCGGCCUCUUCGGUACGAAAGCGAAAGGCUCGGAGGCUCAAGCCUCUGGAAGCCUCUGUUCUGCGAGAACUAUCUUCUAG